AUGGACGCAGCCAUGCGUGGCAAGCGCCACGGCAGCGACGAGACCGAGGACAGCGGUGGAAACGACGGCCCACCCAGCAGGAAGGCCGCCCACCACGACUCCCCGUGGCGUCACCGCCUCCGGCCUAACCGCCAGAGCCGAUCGCCCCCGCUCACGCAACGCCCCCAAGCCGCACCCCGCUCGCCGUCAGCCUCCCCCGCCCGCACAGAGCACCCGGCAACCACCGGACACCCCCCGCCCGCGCCCGGCGACGGCCACGACGAACGAGGUAACGAAAACACGCCACAGGACACGCCCGGUCCUGCGUCGCGUGCAUCCCCUACCCCACCGCCGCGCAGCCGCCAGGCCGACAUCUCCAGAGGACGGGACAAGCAGCCCCGCCCCAGAUCCGCCUCAACAGGACGCCGCACCGUGCGAACCGCCACCCCGUUCCCAUCCCAGGCACGUGACGCUUCUUCCCCCACCGCUUCUCCUGCCAUCCCCCCUGGCCACCCCAGCCAGACCGAGGGCCCAGCCCCUGCCGCAGCGCCCCCCUCGCCGCCCCGGCCGGCCUCAAAUGAGGACGCGCCAUCAGCCCCUGCGGGCUCACCGCCAUCGCCUCCCCAAGCAGGCACUCCCAUCCUCUUCGAGGGACCUACCCAUCGCGACACCACCCCCGACCUGCCCGCGCACGCCGCGGCCGACCGCACCACCGCCGGCAUCGACGACGACCCCGACACGCAACUGCACGACGUGUUCGCGGUCCACGAGUGCUGCCGGACGCCGGGCUGCUGGGUCAGUACCCACCAGCCCGUCUCACUCACGCCGGAGCAACUCGCGCCACGCCAGCCACUCCCGCGCUUCCCCUGCCCUUUCGAGCGGUGCCGCAAGCACCAACACUCGACAGACACCGAAAACAGACGCUUCGACCUCACCAAGCUGGCUCAGCACUUCCGUUCCCAACAUGCAGACGACCUGUCCCCAGGUCUCGCGGAAGCCUUCGGACUCACAUACUGCACCAGCUGCUCGGGGCACAUCUUCUCGCCGCGCCACAGAUGCAACAAUCGGGCACACACCCCCGAGGCCGGCACUGAUGCUGACGCCCAUGACCUCCCCAUCCUCCAGCCCUCCGACGGCCAGUGGACCCGAGAUCUCAAGGGCAUCGAAGCGGACCUCGUCGAGCGCGUGCGAAACAAGGACGACAGCGAUAUCUUCCACUGCUACCGCACCGCCCAGAAGAUCCCCAACCAUCCCCUCGCGUAUCGAGCCUUACGGAUCGCAUCCAACAUGAUCGUAGAAGCCGAAAGCGACCCCAACAAGCGGAAGCGACACAAUGACUACGUCCUGGGUGCCUUCCACCUACUGCAGCUCAUUUUCGCCAGGGACAAGGCACACUACAUCCGGAACAACACACUACACGCCCGGAUGUGCCUCCUCGCGUCGCGCAACUGGGACCGCCUGGAGGCACGAGCCACGAUCCGGAUGCGGUCGCCGCGCACCGACGAGGAAGGACGCGCCGGCAAGGCCCGCCAACACCUCGCAGCGGGGAACAUCUCCAACGCAUACCGCACCCUCGCAGAUGACUCCACGAUGGCGCAGUGGACACCCGACACCCUCGCCAAAACCAAGGACAAGAUCCGCACCGACGACGAAGAACCCUUGGGGGCCAUCGACAACGUCCUCGACGACAGGGACCAGGUGUUCCAGCUCGAGGACUCCAACAUCAAGGACGCCAUCGCCUCCAUCAAGACCAGCUCCUCGGUCGGCGCGACAGGCAUCUCGCCCCACCUGCUGCGCAUGCUGUCCGACAGCGGCAGUGGCAACGGUGCGGUCGCCCUGAUCAACAUGCUCUUCCGCGGAGACCUGCCCCACAUCACCCCGCACCUCAUGGGCGGCAGACUCAUCGUCCUCAACAAGAAAGACGGCGGCAUCCGCCCUAUCGUGCCCAUGGACACCGUCGCAAAGGCAUUGGAAAAGGCCGCGUUCCUCAAGACCAAAGGAGCAGUCGUCGACUUCCUAUGCCCGCGCCAACUGGGCGUCGGGGUUCCCGGCGGCACCGAACUCAUCGUCCACGGCAUCCGAGAACACCUGCGCCGCAACCGGCAGGACGUCACCCAGAGCCUCGACAUCUCCAACGCCUUCGGGUCCAUCAGCCGCCAGGCUAUCCUGGACACGCUGGUGACGGAAUUCCCGGUCCUGGCUCGGUGCUUCCACUCCACGUACGCAACAGCCCCGCGGCUUGUGCUACCUAACGGCGACCACCUGCACAUGACCGACGGCGUCGCGCAAGGCGGGCCGCUGUCCCCUGCGUACUUCGCCAUUGCCAUGCACGGCGCCCUGCGGAAGGCCGCAGGUGAAGGCGAGCGCGAGACCAACGGUCGAGGCGAAGACGAUAAUGAGGGCGAAAGCGCGGCCGAACAACGCAACACGUGCGUGGUAGUGGCCUACCUCGACGACGUGUAUAUCGCCGGGCCCCAGGAGAGCGUCGAACGGACGGCUGCCCGCUUCGCCAGGCACGCGCUCGACGUCGGACUCAAGGUCAACGCUACCAAGACAACAACAAUCAAGUACGGCGACCAAACCGCCUCCGUCCUUGGGGCCCCCCUCUUCAGCGCCGCCCCCGUCGACAGGGUCGACCACGCUGCAGCCACCAUUGACAAGGCCUUCCGCCACCUACCCCUGCAGUGCAUCCUCAUCCUCCUGAGGUACUGCGUAGUGGCUAAGGAGAACUACACGAUGCGCACCACCGCGCAAUGCACCCAGGCGUGCCGCAAGCUCGACGAGCUCAUCGCCCUGUCCCUGGCCAGGAUGUUGGGGCACACGAACCCGCUUAAGGAUGAGUCGCUUCAACGCUGCCUGCGGCCCUAUCAACGCGGCGGGCUCGCCCUCCGGUCCCAGGAGUCGGCCGCCCCCGCCGCCUUUCUCGGCGCCAUACGCGACUUCUUCAACAGCACGCGACACCCCUUUGAGUGCGGCCUCCCCAGCAACACGCUUAGGACCGAGAUGUCGGCGGCACUGACGCGGCUCGCGUGCACGACGCGCGACAAGGAACAGGGCGGCGUCACCACGAUUGAUGAGGUCCUCAAAGCCGGGAGAAAGCUCCAGCGCACCCUGACCAGGAUCCUGGAUGAACGCACCCCCUACAGCCACAAGCGCACCGUCCGCGCCUUCCAGCUCAGCGCAGGCGGCCCCGGGUCCUUCCACUGGCUCACCGCGAUGCCCAGCUGCCCAAAACUCACCCUCAACGACGCACAGUUCAGAACAUCCCUCAGUGCGCGUAUCCGAGUCCCGGCGGCUGGGUACCACCCUCGCGCCUCGUGCAGGGCAUGCCACAAGCCGACGGAGAGCGCGUUCCACCAGGAAAGCUGCCAAUCCAUCCGCAAAAGGCGACACGAUCGUCUCAACGGCGACAUCGCCGCCUUCCUCCGCAACAGCGGCCUCUCGGCCGUAUGCGAGGUGGGAGACUACGUGGACGGUGGACAGCAACGCCUGGACAUCGACUGCGUCCUUCCGGACGGCACCGCCGUCGCGACCGACCUCACUAUCAUUAAAGUUUUACAUCAAAAAAAAAAAACAGACAUUAGUUAG